UGGGAUGUUUCCACAAGAGCAAGUUGAAUGUCUCUUCCUUUCCAAGCACUGCACUGGUUAUUUAAUUUCAGUUAUUUACUAUGAGAAAGCAUCUGUGCAUUUGCUCUGGGAAGUUUGUCAGUGCUUUGCUGCUGGUGCUGCAUUCAGGCCUGUUCCACCUGUUAGAGACCUGAAAAUUGUUCCUCUCUCCUCCCAACUCUACCAAGAGAAAUACAAGGAAUUCUAGCAGCCUACUGCUAAUGCUCCUUGUUUCUUCUCAAAGUUCCAGCCACUCAUGAUUAUCCAUCUGUUCACUGGUGUGCAAAUCAGUACACCAGUGUCACUUCUGAAUUCCUACACAAAGCUGUGUUUCUUCAGGAUCUGUAAAUGAAAGGUCACAGCCCAGAGUAGCAGAUUAUGGGGGUAUGACCCAGUAUAGCAAAAAUAUCAAUAUUUGAAGCCUAAACCAGAAAGGAGCUUCCCUGACCAGUAAGUUGCUUUCACUGGUUUGUACAACAGGAUGAUCAGUGUAUGUUGUCUUCAGUAGUGGUGGAAGAAGAAAAGGUGCUUUCCCACAUCACAGGAAAAUGGAUGAGUCCUUUUGCCCUCAGAGAAACUUUGAAAAGAGCUGGAGUGAACAUUUUCCCAGCAGAGUACUCUCCUGAGUACGUGCCUGUGCCCAGGAAGGCUGCCCUGACAGAAGUGAAGGCCUAUGACCAGAUGGCUCUGAUGGCAGCUGCCUUUGCUUUUGCUCACAGCAAGUGGAAUGGAGAAGCAGGGCCAGAGCGAGUUGUGUUCAAGGUUUGUGGAGUCAGCCCAGCACUGACCCCUGCCCCAGGCAGACAAAGAAUUAACUCACCCGGGGUGGCUCCAGCCCCUGCCUCAGUUCAGUCACAGACUGCACAUGAGAGAGCUCUCAGGGGACACGGGUCUCAGCAGCAAGACACUUGCCAAGGAAAAUGGAACUGAUAAGGCACCAAGGGAGGCUUUAGCCAGAGCUGGGCUGACAGAGCUUCAUGCUCUUCAGAGG